AGGGGGAGGGGGGAGAGAGAGAGGACUCCCAGUUCUCCACAUGAUGCUUGUUUCUCCUGAAAUAGAAAGCAAAUCUCAAGUUUCCCAUGAAAGAUAGCUCUCCAUCUAAUCAAAACUUGCUUUUCUUCCCCAAUUAAAUGCGAGGUAACGCCUCAACAACUCGACCCCACAUCACAAACUAAUCCAUGGUCGAUAUCUCAUAUCAUCUCACAGAUGAACCGAACACGUGUCCCCAAUCCAAGCUCCUAUUCUCAUAUGCAUUUAAAUCUCGACUGUCCACUCAAACAACGUUCGGCCCCACUGCCAUGCACAUCACGUUAGGCUUAGGCCAUCACUAUAAAGAGCAGUUGUUACUGGUUAGCCCCACUAUGACUAGGAGGGUCCCCCUUUUAGUGUUUGCUCUAUCAAUUGAGAUUAGGGUUAGAAACUCAAAACUAUCACCAGUUUUUAGAGAUCACUUGGCCUUUUUUUUUUACCAGAAGAGGUCUGGUGUCCAUUGGUGUUUCUGUGUGUGUGUGUGAGAGAGAAUGGAGCCAAUGCCACCACCCAAGGCCGGCAGGGCUCGGAGGAUGUCACUUGACAUCUUCCAAAAAGCGGUCUCCGACAUCAAAGCCGAGAUCGGGUUUGCGAAGUACAUGGAGGCGGUCCAUGCAAUGGCAGAGGCACAUGAGACGGAGUGUGAAUGUUGUGGCCUCCUGGAAGACUACACGCCGGCAUACAUAAGACGUGUGAAAGAGCACUUCUGUGGGAAGUGGGUGUGCGGGUUGUGCGCGGAGGCGGCUAACGAGGAGUCCCGUAGGCCCGGGGUGAGGAUGGAGGAGGCGGUCAGGGUUCACAUGGAAGUCUGCGAGAAGUUCAAGCGCAGUACCAGGAUGAAUCCGGCGAUAGCCCUAGCGAACUCCAUGGCCAAGAUACUGAGGAAGAGCUGCUUGGCUCAAACCAGUGAUCGCAAGUUUGGUAAUGGGAUCAAACCUCCAAUGCAUGCACCCAUGCUCAAAGGGGGGAAAUGAUAAUUGUAAUGUUCUAUUUUUUCUGUGUUUUUUCUUUUUAUUUGCAACUUUUUUUGUCCCUCAAUAACUCUUAAGUUGUUGUCUCUAGUUGUUUGCAGGUUGUAACUACAAAGUUGUAUAAGCUUCACAACUUUUUUUUAAUAUAUGCAUGUGUGUAUACACAUACAUACAUGUGUACAUGCAUAUACAUAGAUACAUAUUACCUUGUAAUCUAGUUUCUUCGUCAGAGAAACCCAUGAAUGAUAAGUGCUAAUAUACUAACCUUGUAUCAACGGCCCAUAUAAGCAUGCAUUGUAAUUUUUAUAAGAAAAAGAAGUUGCAUAAAUGACAGCAUGGAAGUU